GGGGGGGGGCUCCUGGAGAGGAAGGGGCUUCCCGAGGGUGUGCGCGCGGGGGGGGGCAGGCACGGAGGCUGAAAGCAGGCACUGGACAUGGAGCCAGAGGGGCCGACACGUGAGCGAAGGGGCCGGCAGCGUUGCCGUCUUUGCUGGGCUUCUGGCUGUCAAGCGAGCGAGUGGCAGGACCUUUGAAAAGGAAACCUCAAGCCGAGGGAGGGUGCGAUCUAUGGAGAGAGAGGUGGGGCACAUGGGAUGUGCUGACGGGGGGGCCUUUGGGUCUCUCCUCAGCCAUGGACUUCCCUCAGCACAGCAAGCAAGUCCUGGAGCAGUUGAACCAGCAGCGCCAGCAGGGCCUCCUCUGUGACUGCACCUUUGUGGUGGACGGCAUUGACUUCAAGGCCCACAAGGCGGUGCUGGCCGCUUGCAGCGAGUACUUCAGGAUGCUCUUUGUGGACCAGAAGGACGUGGUGCAUCUUGAUAUCAGCAAUGCUGCAGGUCUGGAGCAGGUGCUGGAGUUCAUGUACACGGCCAAGCUGAGCCUGAGCCUGGAGAACGUGGAGGACGUCCUGGCGGUGGCUGGCUUCCUCCAGAUGCAGGAGGUGAUUGGCGCCUGCAAUGCCCUGCGGGCCCUCUCAGCCCCCGCGGGGAACAGCAGCCCUUGCCUAGAGGCCCCGGUCGCAGCUGGGCCGGAGAAGAGAGCCUUUGGGCAGAAGGACGAGCCAGAGCCCUCCUGCGAGGCGGGGGAAACAGGGCCAGGGCCAGAGAGCGGCCACAGCAGCCGCCACCGCCACCCGAAAGCGGAGGCCAUGGAGGAGCCCCCGGAGGCGGCGGAGGUGGCAGUUGCGAGGGCAGCAGAGGGAGAAGAGGGCAGAGCCCUUGGCAAGGGGCCAGGCGCAGAGAAGGCUGUGGAAGGUGCCGAUGCUACUCCUGCCGCCCCUUCCUCCUCCUCCUCCUCCUCCUCCUCUGCUGCCGCCGCCGCCGGCGUCCCUGAGACCCUACGGCUGGAAGGGGCCUCCCUGGGUGAAGCCAGUGCCACUUCAACGCACCUUCCCGUAGGGACCGCCGAGGCAGAGCCCUCCGCCUUGAAGCUCCCAGCAGAGAUGGAGACGGAGAGGGAGACGGAAGGACAGCAGGAGGAGGAGGAGGAGGAGAGGGGCCUUCCCUCUGAGGCGGAAGUGGAUGCCAAGCCCACAGAGCCCAGGCCAGCCCUGUUGGCCAAUGGCAGCGCCCCUGAGGAGGUGGAGGCAGGGGGCACCGACCCUGGGCUGGAGAACCCAGGAGAAGCCAGGCUGCUCCGCUCAGGAACCUACAGCGACCGGACGGAGUCCAAGACCUACGGCUCCAUCACACACAAGUGUGAGGACUGUGGCAAGGAAUUCACGCACACUGGGAACUUUAAGCGCCACAUCCGGAUCCACACGGGGGAGAAGCCCUUCUCCUGCCGGGAGUGCAGCAAAGCCUUCUCGGACCCAGCAGCCUGCAAAGCCCACGAGAAGACACACAGCCCACUGAAGCCGUACAGCUGCGAAGAGUGCGGGAAGAGCUACCGCCUGAUCAGCCUCCUGAACCUGCACAAGAAGCGGCACACGGGGGAGGCCAAGUACCGCUGCGAGGAUUGCGGGAAGCUCUUCACCACCUCGGGCAACCUGAAGCGCCACCAGCUGGUCCACAGCGGCGAGAAGCCCUACCAGUGCGACUACUGCAGCCGCUCCUUCUCGGAUCCCACCUCCAAGAUGCGCCACCUGGAGACCCACGACACGGACAAGGAGCACAAGUGCCCCCACUGCGAGAAGAAGUUCAACCAGGUUGGGAACCUCAAGGCGCACCUGAAGAUCCACAUUGCCGAUGGGCCCCUGAAGUGCCGGGAGUGCGGGAAGCAGUUCACCACAUCAGGCAACCUGAAGCGGCACCUCCGCAUCCACAGUGGGGAGAAGCCCUACAUCUGUGUCCACUGCCAGCGCCAGUUUGCAGACCCCGGGGCUCUCCAGCGCCACAUCCGCAUCCACACAGGCGAGAAGCCGUGCCGGUGCCUGAUCUGCGGCAAAGCCUUCACCCAGGCCAGCUCCCUCAUUGCGCACGUGCGCCAGCACACUGGGGAGAAGCCUUAUGUCUGCGAGCGCUGCGGCAAAAGGUUUGUCCAGUCCAGCCAGUUGGCAAACCACAUUCGGCAUCAUGACAACAUUCGGCCCCACAAGUGCAACGUCUGCAACAAAGCCUUUGUGAAUGUGGGCGAUCUUUCCAAGCACAUCAUCAUCCACACAGGUGAGAAGCCCUUCCUGUGCGAGAGGUGUGGCCGUGGCUUCAACCGGGUCGACAACCUCCGCUCCCACGUCAAGACAGUCCAUCAGGGCAAAGCCGGGAUGAAGCUGCUAGAGGCCGAAGGAGACGACGUCGAUAUUGUCACGGUGGCCUCCGACGAGAUGGUGACGCUGGCCACGGAGGCCCUGGCGGCCACGGCCGUCACGCAGCUCACAGUGGUCCCUGUAGCGGCUCCGGUGACGGCAGACGAGACGGAAGCACUGAAGGCUGAGAUCACGAAAGCGGUGAAACAGGUGCAAGAGGCAGACCCCAACACCCAAAUCCUCUACGCCUGUGACUCCUGCGGAGAGAAGUUCCUGGACGCCAACAGCCUGGCCCAGCACGUGCGCAUCCACACCGCCCAGGCCCUGGUCAUGUUUCAGGCCGACACGGACUUUUACCAGCAAUAUGGGGCGGCCACUGCCUGGCAGGCAGAGCAGGUCAUCCCAUCUGGGGAUCUCCUCUUCCGCACCCGGGACGGGAGCGAGGCCCCGCAGGCGGCAGAGUGAAAGUGGCCGUGCCGCCGUCUCCCCCCAGCACCUGAGGGAGCAGAGAAGCAAUGGGGCCCUGGCUUGAUGCGGAGGCUGCAGCUCAGGUUGCCUCCCCCCCCCAACUCCCUCAGACCGUGGAAGGGAGGAGGGUGGUUUGGUUCGGCGAGCAAUCAGGCCCUUUCUCCUGCGCUCCGUCACAAGCUGUUCUUGAAAGGAGAAAAAAAAAUGCUGAGCAGGAUUGCUAUAAAGAAGAGACAUUUCUGUAUGGGAGAGGAUCACCACCUGUGUUAAUAUGUAGAGGAAAUAAAUGCCAUUAUUUUCUAA